AAGAAUCUUAUCUCUACAUACAGUAGAUGUUAUCAAUAUGAAGAACAACAUAUUAGUAUUGUUCAUUAUACAUCUCGUUUCUACUGGAGACUGUGCAACAUCUAACUGUGCUUUUAGUGGAUCGUGCCUGUACAAUAUAAAUGUACAUCAUUGUGACGGAAGUGCGAAAAGGUCGUUAAUCAGUACCGGAAAUCGUCGUAGCUGUCCAUGUAGUGAUGUCAUUUCAGUUCGAAAUGAAUUUCAGAAUGUAUCUACCUGGGUGAAAACCAUCAAUAGUACUUUCCAAGCCGUGCAAGUUGACUUAACGGGGGUGAAAGCCGAGCUGAACGAGAAGUCAGUGGAACUUACAGCCACUCGCGAAAGAAAUAUAAAAGACAAUGCAACAAUUUCCAAGUAUGUUUUGGACAUGCAGAGCACGGAGAAUGCAAUCACAACAGAAAGACAGAACUGGUUUAAAGAGAGGGAACGUCUGCGGAAUGAACUUCAUAAAGUUAGCAGGGAAUCUCAGAUUUGUGGACAGGUGUCUGUCUCCUCAGCUACGUCACAACAAGGUUCAUCCACCUCUGCAUCAACUGUCUUUUUCUGUGACUUUGAAACAUCAAAUCAGUGUGGAUUUCUCCAGGAUCAUUCAGAUGAUCUAGACUGGUCUUAUGGCCAUGGGACGCAGUCAUCAAGAACAGGACCAAAGCAGGACCACACCUACGGAAAUCCACAUGGACAUUACAUGUUUCUGGAUGCUUACAACCAUGCUACAAGACACUCGCAUGCAACAACCUCCACAACCAGAAUUAUCUCCCCUGAACUCCCGUCUUCUCAUGGAUAUUGUAUCUUGUUCUGGUACAAUCUUCAUGGGGACGAUGUGAAAGAACUGAAUGUAUACGCCAAGAUCCAUGGAGGUCUAGGAUAUCCGGUAUUUUCUCAUAAAGGCGGUCUCGAUCAGGAGUGGCAUCUCGGAAAAAUUUAUUUAGACUCGGAAUACACGGUCUCUUCUCUCAAUUUGGUCUUUGAGGCCAAAACAGACAGCUACAAGCUGUAUCACUACAGUUCCGGAUACACCUACCAUAACAGGAAUGGCGAUAUAGCAAUAGACGAUAUCUACGUCUUCAACUCUACCUGCAAGAGCAUUCCUAAGUACCCAUCAAACUCCCAUACAAGGGUGACGGCUAACACCACAAGUUAUUAUACAUUCCAUACAACACCCAGUACGUGGUAUGAGGCACAGGUUACCUGUAGACAGGAAAAUCCUUACUCUCACCUGGUCUCUGUCAGAUCCAAAGAAGAACAAGACUUCAUCGUCAAAAUCAUCAAACAAACUGAAGAUUUGACUGCUGCCGCAAGCAAUGGUUUCUACACAAGUGGGACCGAUGACAGAUCCGAGGGUAUAUUUGAAUGGACGGACACCGGAACUCCAUAUCCAAUUACCUAUAGCAACUGGCAAUCUGGGCAACCAAAUAACGUGGGAAGUAAUCAGGACUGUCUUCUGUUGCAGUAUCCUGACAACGAUUGGACCUGGGGAGACGUCAACUGUUCAGAAAAGCAUCCGUUUAUUUGUGAAAUAAAUAAAACUCUGCCUUAA